GUUUUCCAGCGGAACAAUAACCAUGAACACACGGAUUUGAGCACAUUUUUCUCGAUGUUGGAUUUGUUUUUCUAAAAGAGUAAGAUAACAUAAUUCUGAUAUUUUGCAAGCGAAUAUCAUUCCUUUCGAAGUAGGUAUAAACUACGAUUUCACUUUAUGUUCUUACAUAACGUAAUUUUACACUGUGCAGUUUUGUUUACAUCUGGUUAGUACCUACAUUUUAAAUCGCUAGUUUGGAUAUCAAACCCAUAAAUCGACUGAACAUCGCAAACAAUCGUCAGGAGAUCGGCGAAGUGUACGUUUAGUACAAUGGCUGCUGUAACGGUGGACUUCAGGGUUCAAGUUGAUCAGUCAUGCAGAUACUCGGAGGAAUUCGUCAAUAUCUAUUAUGACUGUAUGGAUAAGAAAAGAAGGAAUCUGACGAGGCUGUAUCUGGACAAAGCUACGCUAGUGUGGAAUGGCAAUGCUGUCACAGGUCAAGAUGCUCUCGGCGAGUUCUUUGAGUCUCUUCCCUCCAGCGAGUUUCAGGUUCACACUCUCGACUGCCAGCCUGUGCAUGAACAAGCAACUCAGGGCCAAACAACUUUGUUGGUGGUUACAGCAGGCUCAGUGAAGUUUGAAGGAAACAAACAGAGAUACUUUAACCAGAAUUUCCUAUUAACUGCCCAAGCCUCUCCUAACAGUGACCAGCCGGUAUGGAAGAUCGCAAGCGAUUGUUUUCGCUUUCAAGACUGGGCAAACUGAAUUGUAGCUUCAACUUUUUGUAUAGCUUUUGUUUUGUGUUCUUUCUUCUUUUGUACACUCACUGCAAUUGAUGUACUGUAAAUAAAAAAAAUGACUGUUUCUGAAAUGGAAGACCACACAA